GUAAGAUUCUGUAGCCCAUAGAGAGUCAGUCAGUCUUAAGUUAAGUACUGAGUGGUGAGGAGUGGAACCGUCGUUGGGUUGUGCAUCUUUCACCAUGGUUGACACGCGUACCGGGAAGAGUACUUCCCCUUACACACCCAAAGAAGAGGCAAAGGUCGCCGCCAUCCUCAAAGAGAGAAGAGAGAAAAAGGAGGCCAAGAAGAAGGCCUUGAUCGAGGAACAGGCGGCGAAGUUAAAAAAGAUUGAGGAGGAGAUGGCAAGAGAGAAAGAGAGGUUAAAGAGGGAAGAAGAAGCGAAGUUAAAGGCGGUAGAAGAAGAGGAAGAGGAGGUGGAAGAAACGCCGCUGGAAAGGCGAAGGGCCGAAGGAAGAGGAGAAUCCAGUGGCAUGAAAGAGGACCUGAUGGAGAAGAAGAUUACAUAUGUCAAAGCCUCCGACAGGCUUCAAACUAUCCCCUCUUGUCAGUGGAAGAGUGCCAAGGCACUCAAAGGAGUUAUGGACGAGUUGGUUGCAGUCCCUGACCACGGGGUCACUGAGACCCAGUUGGUCAACCUCUUCUAUCGGGCUAUGCCCGAAUCCUUGCGUGGGCACUUCUUCGAGAAGAGCCAGCAAUCCACCAUGACUUGCGACGCCCUGAGCAGGGAAGUGGUGGCUUUUGAAGCGAGGUCCAUGUCAGUGUCCACUUUCUGGCACAAGGACCUGGACAUGGGAAAAAAGUGGAAGGGUCGCACUAUCUCUGGAAAGGUUAAGACCAAGGAUCAUUUGAUCCUUACGUUAGAUGAGGGUAGUGUCGACGAGGUCCCCUACGAGCAGAUAGAAUGGGGCCUUGACGAGGAGCAAGAGGACAGUGGCGCCAGUCAGGGGAGGACUUACGCUGCUGUCGCGGUCGGAGGGAGGCCACAAGGAAGAGGAGGAGGCCAGGGCCAGGGCGGUCGGGCCUCAGGUGGCCGUUUUCAGGGCGAGCAGGGGGUUGGCGGUAGAGGAGGAAACCGCCAAGCGGAGAAAUUAGAGGAACAGGUCUUCGUAGUUUACGCCAGGCCUGUCACUGAGCCUAAGGAGGAGAAGCCCAUUGACCCAGCUAUUGCUAAGCUGCUGGAAGAGUUCAAAGAUUUAGCGGAGCCGCCGACAGGAGUAGUAUCGCGGCCCAUCCAACAUCACAUUGAGAUUGAGCCUGGCAGUAGGACUCCCAAAGGAGCGGUGUAUAGAAUGUCCCCGCGGGAGUUGGAGGAGUUACGCAAGCAGUUAGACGAGCUCCUAGAAAAGGUUUGGAUUAGGCCCAGUUCGUCUCCAUUUGGAGCACAUGUUCUAUUUGUCACCAAGAAGGAGGGAGAACUCAGAAUGUGUAUAGACUAUAGGGGUCUCAAUGUUAUCACCGUAAAGAAUGCAGAGCCGCUGCCCCGUAUAGACGAUCUUUUAGAUCGGGUGCAGGGAUGCAAGUACUUUUCGAAGAUAGACUUGAAGUCCGGAUAUCAUCAGAUAGAGGUCCAUCCUGAUGAUCAGUAUAAGACCGCGUUCCAAACUAGGUAUGGGCAUUAUGAGUUUAUAGUCAUGCCCUUUGGACUAACCAACGCGCCAGCGACUUUUCAGCGUUGUAUGAAUGACUUGUUUAGGUCGUGGUUAGAUAGGUUUGUAGUAGUCUAUCUAGAUGACAUUCUAGUUUUUAGUAAGACCCCCCCAAGAGCACCAGGGUCAUCUAAGGCAGGUCUUGGAGAAGCUGAGAGAGGCUAACUUCAAGAUCAACCCCAAGAAGUGCGAGUGUGCAAAGACCCAAGUUUUGUACUUAGGCCACGUCUUAGACGGAGACGGCAUUAAGCCAG